CCUGCCCGUCCUGCUCUGCCCCGUCUGAACUCUCGGCUUGCCGCUGUCCCCAUGGCGUGUCCCCUGGAGCAGGCGCUGGCCGUGGUGGUCGCCACCUUCCACAAGUACUCGGGCAACGAGGGCGACAAGUACAAGCUCAACAAAGCCGAGCUUAAGGAGCUGCUCCUGAAGGAACUGCCGAGCUUCAGCAAACAAACCAGCGAGGCGAGUUUACAGCAGCUCAUGAGCAACCUGGACUGCAACAGCGACAGCGAGGUGGAUUUCCAGGAGUACGUGACCUUCCUGGCCUGCAUGGCCAUGAUGUGCAACGACUUCUUCCAGGACCUCCCGGACAAGAUGCCCCGCAGGAAGUGAGGGCGGGGCGCUGUCACCUCCCCGGGACCCUCCCGUUGUCCCCCCGAUGCCAUUUCAAUAAAAGUUUGAUUAAUUAAA